AUUCCAUGACGUCACCAGAAUCCCCUGACAGAGGUCAUCUCGUACGGCCCUGUUGCGCUACCAGCACUUGUCUCCAACAAUCUCGUCUUUCCCCCUCUUUAAGACUCUCUUGUGAAGGUUGCCGGGAGGACAGAAAAAGGCGCCCUCCCCCUCGAACUGAAGAGUCCCGUUUGAAGAAACAACAUAUUCCCUUGAGGGAUCUCACAAGUGGAGGUGCCCAUUGUAACAAACACGUGGUGUGUCAACACACAUAAGACAUUAUGUACACCUUAAGGACGUUUUGGACUAGUGGGCCCAAGUUGGCCCGCGGUGUACUUAGCCAAGGUGUGCCGGCGGCGGUGAGGGGGACCCCCGCCCAGCCGGCCCGACUCUUGGCCACCUCGGUACAACAGGAAUCCUUCCUGAACGGUAGCAGCUCUAACUAUGUGGAGGAGAUGUACUUAGCGUGGCUGGAGGACCCCAAGAGUGUUCACAAGUCCUGGGAUAUCUUCUUCCGGAAUGCCCAACGCGGCGCCGCGCCGGGACAGGCGUACCAGUCGCCACCUCCGAUGCCGGCCAUGAUGCCCGUACAGCCGGUAGCCUGGCCCAUGAUGCCUGUACCUGUCCCGGCCGCCACCCCGGAACAGAUGAGCGGGAAGGUCAUCGACGAUCAUCUUGCUGUACAAGCCAUCAUCAGGUCAUAUCAGGAUCCCAGUGUAGACCAGUCAGUAGGCAUCAGUGCUGAGGACAGGAGCUGGGUUAACAAAGUUGUACCUCACCAGAGAAUGCAUGCUAUGAUUAGGGCUUACCAGAUCCGUGGUCACCAAUGUGCCAAGUUGGACCCGCUGGGUAUCAUGGAGGCAGACCUGGACUCCUCCACGCCACGGGAGCUCACGCUGCCGUACUAUCGCUUCAACGAGGAGGACCUGGACCGCACGUUUGUUCUCCCACAAACCACCUUCAUCGGGGGAGGGAACUCAUCCCUUCCUCUAAGGGAGAUCAUUAAGAGAUUAGAGGAGACCUACUGCCAAACCAUAGGACUGGAGUACAUGCAUAUCAACGACCGGUCCAAGUGUGACUGGAUCAGGCAGAAGUUUGAGAUCCCCGGGAUCAUGUCCAUGGAAAGCGAGACCAAGAGGCUGACACUCGCACGUCUGGUCAGAUCAACAAGGUUUGAACAGUUCCUAGCGACCAAGUACCCUGCUGAGAAGCGGUUUGGUCUGGAGGGGUGUGAGGUUCUCAUCCCGGCGCUGAAGACCAUCAUCGACCGCUGUACGGAGCAGGGCGUGGAGAGCUUCGUACUGGGCAUGCCUCACAGAGGGCGCCUCAACGUGCUGGCGAAUGUCGUCCGCAAGGAUCUGGACCAGAUCUUGUGUCAGUUUGACUCCAGCUUGGAGGCUGAUGAUGAGGGUUCUGGUGAUGUGAAGUACCAUCUUGGCUGCUCCCACAUGAGACUGAACCGCACCACUAACAAGUCCAUCAAACUGGCGCUGGUGGCCAACCCCUCCCACCUGGAGGCUGUGGACCCUGUGGUGCAGGGGAAGACUCGGGCAGAGCAGUACUACAGGGGCGACAUAGAGGGGAAGAAGGUGAUGAGUAUCCUGAUGCAUGGAGAUGCGGCGUUCGCAGGACAGGGAGUUGUGUUCGAGACGUUCCAUCUGAGCGACCUUCCCGCGUACACCACCCACGGAACCAUUCACGUGGUGGUCAACAACCAGAUCGGCUUCACCACGGACCCCCGGUUCUCACGCUCGUCUGCCUACUGCACAGAUGUGGCCAAGGUGGUGGAAGCGCCCAUAUUCCAUGUCAAUGCGGACGACCCGGAGGCCGUGGCCCACGUCUGUAACGUGGCAGCUGAUUGGAGGUCUGAGUUUGAGAAGGAUGUGGUGAUUGAUCUGGUGUGUUACCGGCGCGGUGGUCACAAUGAAAUGGACGAGCCCAUGUUCACCCAGCCCAUGAUGUACAAACAGAUCGGCAAGCAGCCCAACGUGUUGAGACAGUACGCUGAGAAACUCAUCUCAGAGGGUGUGGUCACACAGGAGGAGUAUGAAGAGGAGGUUGCGAAGUAUGACAAGAUUUGUGAAGAGGCGUAUCAGCAGGCCAGGGAAGAGAAGAUCCUGUCCAUCAAGCACUGGCUGGACUCACCAUGGACAGAUUUCUUUAAGGAUAAGACACGUGACUCGAUGAUGGUGUGUGAGCCCACGGGAGUGAGUGAGGACAUCCUCACCCAUGUGGGGACGUUCAUGGGCAGCCCCCCUCCCGACCCCAAGUUCACCAUCCACGGCGGCGUGAAGCGUAUCCUGCGCCAGCGCGCCACCAUGGUGAAGGAGCGCUGGGUGGACUGGGCCAUGGCGGAGGCGAUGGCGUUCGGCUCCCUCAUGCACUCCGGCUUCCACGUCAGACUGAGCGGGCAGGACGUAGAGAGAGGCACCUUCAGUCAGCGCCAUCACGUGCUGCAUGACCAGAACCGUGACAAGGUGUUCUGGACACCGCUGGACAACCUGUGGCCGGACCAGGCUCCCUACACCGUCUGUAACAGCUCGCUGUCCGAGUACGCUGUCAUGGGCUUUGAGCUGGGUUACAGUAUGAGUAACCCCAAUGCCCUUGUCCUGUGGGAAGCUCAGUUUGGGGACUUUUCCAACACCGCUCAGUGUAUUAUCGACCAGUUCAUCAGCAGUGGGCAGGCCAAGUGGGUCCGGCAGACCGGCAUCACCCUGCUCCUACCCCACGGGUAUGAGGGAAUGGGCCCAGAACACUCCAGUGCCCGUAUGGAGCGUUUUCUGCAGAUGAGUACAGAAGAUUCAGAUCUUUAUCCGGAAAUUGAUGAGCGGUUUGAGAUCCGUCAGCUGUUUGACCACAACUGGAUCGUGGCUAACUGCACCACCCCGGCCAACUACUUCCACCUGCUGCGCCGACAGGUGCUGCUGCCCUUCAGGAAGCCUCUUGUUGUGAUGACACCAAAGAGCCUGCUGCGCCAUCCCGAGGCGCGCUCGUCGUUUGACGACAUGCUGCCCGGCACGACGUUCCAGCGCCUGAUCCCGGACACCGGCCCGGCAGGUCAGAACCACGACCAGGUGCAGCGCCUCAUCUUCUGUACAGGGAAGGUCUACUACGACCUGACUAAGGAGAGGAAGGCUCGUGAUCUGGACGACAAAAUUGCGAUUGUUCGCAUCGAGCAGAUCUCUCCCUUCCCGUUUGACAUGGUGAAGCAGCAGUGUGACCUGUACCCCAACGCUGACCUGGUGUGGGCACAGGAGGAGCACAAGAACAUGGGUGCCUGGAGCUACAUCCAGCCUCGCAUCCGCACGACGGUUAACCGCGAGCGCCACGUCAGCUACGCAGGUCGUGCGCCAACUGCCGCCGCGGCCACAGGAGCUAAACAAAGCCAUCACCAGGAGCUGAACAGGCUGCUGGAGCAUGCCAUGAACCUUGACAAUCAUGUAGCCCUUUGGCAAAGCCAACCCAGGAGAAAUCUCACCGGCUGAAAUCUCAUCUCCAAUACUGUGGCCGCCAUGGAGCUGCCGCCUCCGCAGCUGGAAACAAGUUCAAACAUACAAGCGAACAGAACAAUUUUGUCAACCAAGCCACCGACCUCAACUGGAAAGAACCGGUUUGGGUUGGACCCUCACAAGAAUGAACACAACAUCCCCUCAUCCAGGCCAUUCUCACUUUAGCUGCAUCCUCUUAAAUGUGACUAGUUAAUAGACAUAGACCUCAAUAAUAUUCAAAGUGGGUUCAUAAGGAUAUAUACUUAAUUUGUAAUCCAGGAGAGCCAGUUGAAUUUGACAAGUAUGCUGUUUUGAAGUGAGUUUUGAUUUGAUAUUUGGCCCUGUUGAUGUUUUCUUUCACAUCAAACUGCACAGUAGAUGGGGCAACUAUAGCACAAACUAAUGACAGCUGGUGGUACAUGUAUUAUGUAAAAUUAUUUAAGAGAGUAGUCUAUCUUAGGAGGAGACACUGGCAGCAGCUAGGUUGUUAAAGAUUUGUCCUUUGCUAAAUUUCAAUAUGGGAAUGUUUCACUAAACAUACAUGAGUUCAAACUAAAAGGGAAUGCAAGGGACAGUCUCUGAUUGACAAAUGCACUACACUGUAUACAUGGGUACAUUGUAUUGUUGCAAUGUCAAAUAAUAUGAAGACUAGAUACAAGAUAGGAAAAACAUACACCACACAAACUUGCCAGGACAUAGAAGUCACUGUUUCUGAGGCCAUAAUGUGAUAAUUUUCACACAAUCUUUGUACAAAAAUAGAAAAUCAUCUAAUCAUACACGAUAGUAUCCAGUACAGAGAAAAUGUAGAAUAGCAAAUUAAGGGAAGGGGGUCCAAUCGUAAAACUUCUGAAGUGUGGAUGCAGUUCUUAUAGGUUAUUGUUGAACUUCGUUGAUAUUGUGUCUUCGCAUGUUUUGAAAUUUAUUGUUGAACAUUUCAACGAGUCGGUUUUAUCUUAAACUUUGUGUUCUUUUGUACAAAGUAAAAAAAGAAUGUAUAGAGGUAUUGUGGUCCCAAAAACAGGGCUCUGAAGGUCAAAAUUUAAUGUUUCAAACAGAUUUGAGGUAUGACAAAGAAAUGUACUUUAUCUUUAUGUUGAUUGCAUGAAAAUUAUUCUUGCUCCACUAACUAUUCAGUCUACAGACGACUGCAUAUUUGACAGAGAAUGAAACUAUUGGUUAAUUUUAGUGGUGAGCCUUGAUUCUAACUCUUUAAGAUAUGGGGCUUGAAAUGGUAGUCAUGUAUCAGGAAUGGUCUGGACUUUUCCAUUGUAUGUUGCUUUAAAGAAGAGAGACUUUGAUUAAAGACUAUUGUGACA